AUGAGCUAUCAGAAGGUUUGGAAGGCAAAAGAAUGUACAUUGGAGGAUUUGAUGGUUGAGGGAAGUAAUUGGGAUGUUGAAAAUCUUACAUUCGUAACCGAUCGAGGGAAGUCAAUAAUAAAUGGUAUCACCGAAGUCUUCCCUGAGGCACAUCAUGGUUAUUGUAUGUACCAUAUACAGGGAAACCUGAAGACUAGGUAUCAAGGCAAGGGCAUCGUUGCGUUGUUUAGGAGAGCUGCAGAGGCUUACAGUUUUGAAGAGUUUGAAAAGUUCAUGGUCGAAAUAGACAGUAAAUCACAUGCUGCAUGGGAGUAUCUAACAGAGAUGGGAAUUGAACAUUGGGCACAAUCACAUUUUUCAAGACGUCGAUACAACAUGAUGACGUCGAACAAUGCAGAACGUGAGGAAUCACAGAGUUGUGCAAGUGUGCUAACCCCGGCUCAAGAAGACAAGUUCUUUAAGACUCUAGAUGCGGCGAGAAAGUUGGAGAGUUUUCCAUGUACACAUGCAGUGGCAGUGGCUAUGCAUAAAGGAUUUCCACCACACACCUUAUGCAGUGUGUAUUACAUGACUGAUUAUUGGAGAGCAACGUAUGCGGAAACAAUAUUUCCUGUACCAAACGAAAUCGAGUGGGAAGUUCCCGACCACAUUCUCCCAUUGAAUAACUUGUUGCCACCAGCAAUUGGACAACGUACUCCUAGACGUAUACGUACGUCUAAAAUACCAUCUAUUGGAGAGUUUCCUCAGCCUCGUAAGUGCGGUAGGUACAGUGCUACAGGGCAUACUAGAAGAUAUUGUACAAGUCAGAUUCCUCUGCAUGACAAUGUAACGGAUGUGUAG